UUUAAAGAUAGAGUCCCCUUUCUCUGCCCCACCCCCUGCUCCUAUAUAACACGUGCUGCAUUUAAGCAACACCUGCUUUUACCCAGCUGGUGGUGGGCUGUGUGUGCCUGCUCCUCCCCACUGCCGAUGGAUGCUCUCACCCCCAGCCCCCUUGGAUGGCUUUGCGUGGGUGCCACCGCGCUUUUGGGGAUGGUUGUCCUCUGCACGGCCAAGAAGAACCCGGUGGAGAAGAGGAAGGUGCUGAUCCGGAGCCUCCUGCCCACUUUGCUGGGGCUGCUGUGCGUGGCCACCCUGGGGGCUGGUGGGGGGCUGGUGGUCUUCUGCGCCGUGAGCCUGGUCUUCUCCACGUACCUGGGCAGCAAGGAGCUGCUGCCUGUGGCUGGGAAAGCCGUGCUCAUCACAGGAAGCGACACUGGGAUUGGACAUGCACUGGCUAAAUACCUGGAUAACUUGGGUUUUGUUGUGUUUGCUGGGGUUUUGAAUAAGGACGGACCUGGAGCUGAGGAACUGAGACGGACCUGUUCUCAGAGGCUCUCUCUCCUGCAGCUGGAUAUAACCAAUGCCACCCAAGUCAAGGAAGCCUAUCUAAAAGUCUCAGAGAAGGUGCAAAAUACAGGGCUCUGGGGAGUCGUGAACAACGCAGGCAUCCUGGGCUUCCUUGCUGACGGUGAGCUGCUCCCCAUGAGCACCUACAGGCAAUGCAUGGAGGUGAAUUUCUUUGGGGCUGUAGAGGUGUCCAAGAUCUUCUUACCAUUACUUCGGAAAUCCCAGGGGAGGCUGGUUAACAUGUCCAGCAUGGCAGGAGGCAUUCCACUACCGAGGUAUGCUGCAUACGGUGCAUCAAAAGCAGCUCUGUCCAUGUUUUCUGGAGUAAUGAGGCAAGAGCUUUCCAAAUGGGGAAUUAAAGUUGCUGCAAUUCAUCCGUCAGGCUUCCGAACAGGUAUACAAGGCACAUCCGACUUGUGGGGUAAGCAAGAAAAGGAGCUGAUGGAGAACCUCCCAGCAGACACAAGGCAAGACUACGGUGAGGACUAUCUCUUGGGGCUGAAGAGCUACCUCCUGCACAUGCCUGCCUACUGUGAUGCCGACCUCUCCCCUGUGCUGAGCGCCAUCCUGCACGCCUUGCUGGCCAAGAGACCCCACGGCUUGUACACCCCUGGCAAAGGGGCUUACCUGCCCCUCUGCAUCUUCUGCUACUUUCCCCUCUGGUUCUAUGACUUUUUCAUGGGUAAGAUGCUGAGUACUGAGCCUGUCCCAAGGGCGCUGAGAACAGCAGAAGCUGAAAGCAAGAAUCUCUAAGGUAUCCAUCAGCGUUUGUCUUGCUUGAGGAGAUAACUGGGGAAAAACUCUUCUAAAGACACUGCUAUUUAUUGUACUGUAUUUGCUAAAUUCCAUUUACGCUGCCUUACAAACAGAGGUAAAUCUUUGUGUGAAGAGUAAUGUUCAGGAAAAGCAGUGGAUAAACAGAAAUAGAAAGCUAUCCCCAGAUGGGGCAUCUUUGGAGGAAUUCCAAUGAUUUUGUGAUGUCUUUGAAUCCUGCCUUCUGUGUAAGGUAUCUCCUGAGAUUAUACAGUUCCUCUCUGCAUCAAAAGGCACCACCAACACACAGAGAUGUAGAACCUGUUUUUCAAAACAAAAAAAAAACCUUGAGAGUUAACAGCCUUCUUGCACUCUAAGGAGUUGCAUAUGUUGCUAUCAUUGGAGAGAUUUAGCAAUGUCUAAUGGAAAUCUUUCUCACUGCAGCUUCAGCGUAAUACGAUGGGUUUUUUUUUUGGUUCUGUUGCUGUUGGAGCUGAGAAAUGAUUGACCUUGUUUUUCCCCCAAAAUUUUGUGAAGUAUAGUUGUGAUGUUUGUAAUGUGUACUCUUUGCUAGACUAAGCAACGUAGAUUAGGUGGGGGGAAAAAUGAACAAAGAUCAAGACCUUCACGAAGAAGCGAACAAUCUCCUUUCUACAGUAUUAGAAAAAGUAAUAGUAAGUAUAUCAGCUGCUAAUUUGAUAUGACUGUCUUGGUCAUUCUGUACAUUGCCUGUAUAUGCUUGUGCUUCUUUAAUUAUUAGUAAACUCUGAUCUCAGUUCUGCUUUUUGUACAAUUCCUUACUCAGUUCUGGGCUUAUGAAGAACUCACAUUUUUGCCCUCUUCUCCUGACACCUUCCAGUGUCGCCUGCUGCUUUGGGGAGAGUUUGUGCUGACUCCUCUAAGAUCAGCGAGCCUUCAGGUUGGCAUUACUGGAGUCCAGCAUCUGGCUUCUGACAGAUUUUGGUCACUCCUCUUCCCUAAAUUCAUUCUAGGAACAUCAGGUGCCCUCCUUGCUGCUGGCUGUCCCUGUGCCCUGUACCAUAAAAUGUUCAGUGAUGCCAAGUUGGGCAGCUCGCCUAUAUUUUUCCUUUCCCACUCCCUUUUUGCAUUUCCCAUCACAUCCUCAGGCUUUGAAAGUCUGUGAUAUUUUGAAAGAAAGCCUCAUUCUCCUGGGUUCCCUGGUUUGGCCAUCUGUCCUGUGCCUUGCUCUGACAAUAUGCUUGCUUUUCUGAUGAUGAAAAAUUCAAAGUCAUUACAUUCUGGGCUUUAAAUGUAGAUGCACUCUUCUUUCCUUUCUGAGCAACUCCUAGUCUUCUAUCAUAAUCCAACGCAUGUGAUGUGCUCUUGCCGUCAACUGAACAAAAUCACAAUUUAAUUUGCAUCUGUAGUACUUGUUCCAUCUCUUGCUGCAUCUUUACAUCAGUGCAAGACUCCGGUGAGUGCCCAGGGGAUGCUCAGCAGACUUCCCCCACCAUUUUAAUUCAUGCCCUGUGUGGAAAUCCUCCUGUCCUGUAAACUUUGUCAUGAUUAUUGCUUUUGCUACUGAGGCUUAUCUCCUUGUGAGUUUAUAUCAGUCCCCUCAUUACAGACUUUUGCUUUUCUUUUCAGAAAGUGUGACCAAAAAUGUUUUUCACUCAGAAAAUCUGGGACUAUUUCUAUCUCUCUUCCCAUUUCUUCCUUUAUCUAUUUCCCAAUUUUUUAAUUUGU